AGUGGACCUGUGGCUCAGUGAAAGAGUGCCCCGGAGUAAAUAAGAAAAGCGCCGGCGAUGAUUAACCCCGUGCUUUGUGGCGCACAGAAGCGCGCGCGGUGGCGGACAAACCCAGCCUCGCGCUCGCCACGCCUCGGGGAAUACAUAAAGGUGCACGGUGAGAGAGAGCGCGCGCCACGAGCGGCUCGAGUGCGUGCAAACCCUCGCGCGAUCUUUUCACGGAGAGCUUAGAGUUGUGUAUGUGUCAGAGAGAGCGAGAGAGAGAGAGAGAGAGAGAGAGAGAGAGAGAGAGAGCGCGAGAGCGAGAGAGAGGGGGAGUUGCAUGGAUUGUGGAACACGCCGCCUCCACGUCGGGGGUUCAUGGUGACAUAGCGAGCUUCUUUGAGACUUAACGGCUUCUUCGCAUCCGAGAGAAAAAGAGAGAGAGCUGCUGAUGAAGGGGUGAGAGAUGCAUGUUCUCAACAGAGUGUUUAACCUGAGCAGCAGGGGUGAGUCCGGUUUGGCACAGCUCCAUGCCCCUAUCUGUAGCACGGCUGUACCUUUGAAUCCAUAAAUGAGACUAAAGCAAUGGAAAAAGGGAAAAUACAAGGGGAUGAGAGCCAUCAAUCUUUUCCCAGGAGAAAAUGAGCACAAACAAACCCAAGGUGGUGAACAACUCCGACACUUCUCACUGAAGGAGCCGUCUAUAAGUGCAAAUACUGUGGUCACAAAUAAUAAAGAUUAGAAACUGAAACAAAUGUGGGAAGCUCCUAUUCCUGAUUAAACUCUGGACACCUAUUGCACCUUCUUUACAUAAUAAAGAUACAGCUGACUAUCCUGCCAGAAUACUGUGAGGCUUUGUCCAGCCUAGUAGAAACUAAAAGUGACAUCACUACCUAAUUGUUACUAUCAUUGUUCAUGAUUUCUGGAGAGGCAUCCAUGGCUUGUAGUGGUGGUGUUGUGAUGAGUGCCUUCAUCUGGUCUAUGGCCAUAAUCUAUCUGACUCACUUAGGUGGAGUAAGAGGAGACUGCUGGCUAAUUGAAGGAGACAAGGGCUUUGUUUGGUUGGCCAUCUGCAGCCAAAACCAGCCACCGUAUGAGGCCAUCCCUCAGCAUAUCAACAGUACCGUUCUGGACCUUCGUAUGAAUGAAAACAAAAUUAAAAGUAUCUUUUACUCUUCCCUCAGUCGCUUUGUCAACCUAACAUACCUGAACCUAACAAAGAAUGACAUUAACUAUAUAGAGGAUGGGGCUUUUUCAGCUCAAUUCAACUUACAGGUACUCCAGCUAGGCUUCAAUAAACUGCGUAACCUAACAGAAGGGAUACUCAGGGGGUUGGGAAAGCUGCAGUACCUCUACCUCCAGGCCAACCUGAUUGAGACUGUGACACCCAAUGCCUUUUGGGAGUGCCCAAACAUAGAAAACAUAGACCUCUCUAUGAAUCGCAUUCAGGUGCUAGAUGGGAACACCUUCACCAGCCUCAACAAGCUGACCACAUGUGAGCUUUACACCAACCCAUUCAACUGCUCUUGCGAGCUACUGGGGUUUGUUAAGUGGCUGUCAGUCUUCCUCAACAGAACAAAUGAACGGAUGGUAUGCGAUUCUCCUGCAGGCUUUUCUGGUUACAGUCUCCUAAGCCAGAAUCCAAACAAUCCUACUCAGCGCAAUGCACUGCAUAUGCUGUCCACUGUGUGCACGGAGGACUAUGUGACUCCGUAUAUCCCUGUGCCUCCUGAGACCACAACUUUCUUUCCAGAUGUUACCCCUUGUGAACUGGAGGACUGUCCUUCUGGUAGCGAGCCAGUGGAAAUAAACAUUAGUCCCACCUACCCUGAUCUUGAUGUGAAACCAAUCAUGAAGCUUAAACAAGUCUCUCACACAAAUGCAGUCAUUAAUGUCCAGAUACCGCAUCCCUAUAAGAAAAUGUACAUCCUAGUUUUGUACAACAACAGCUUCUUCACAGACAUUCAAAAUCUAAAACGGCAGAAGGAAGAUAUUGAGUUAAAGAACCUGAAACCUCAUACUGAAUAUACCUACUGUGUGGCUUCCAUACGCAACUCUUUGCGUUAUAACCAUACCUGUCUCAUAUUUUCCACAGGCCCCAGAACUGGGAGAGUGCGAGAGGCUAAUAACGCAACAGCCACUCACUAUAUAAUGACCAUCCUAGGAUGCCUUUUUAGCAUGGUAAUUGUUUUAGGAAUGGUCUACUAUUGCUUAAGAAAGAAAAGGUACCAAGAUGAAAAGCACAAAAGGUCAGGUAGUAUGAAGAAGAACAUAAUAGAGCUCAAAUAUGGUGGUGAACUGGAGGGAGGUACUAUAUCCAGGGUGUCUCAAAAGCAGAUGAUGGCUGGGGAGAGUAUGUCUCGCAUGCCAUAUUUGCCUUCCGGGAGUGAGAUGGAUCAGUACAAAAUUCAGGACAUAAGUGACACACCAAAAAUGACUAAGGGGAACUACAUGGAUGUGAGAACAGGGGAACAUCAAGACCGAAGAGAGUGUGAGAUGCCUAUGCCAAGCAAUAGUCAGGGCUCUGUUGCUGAGAUUUCCACAAUUGCAAAAGAGGUAGACAAAGUCAACCAGAUUAUUAACAACUGCAUAGAUGCUUUGAAGUCAGAGUCAACUUCUUUCCAAGGAGUCAAAUCUGGAGCUGUUUCAACAGCAGAGCCCCAGUUAGUUCUGAUUUCAGAGCAACCCCAGAGUAAGUCUGGCUUUCUGUCCCCUGUUUACAAGGACAGUUACCACCACUCUUUACAGAGACAUCACUCUUCAAGCGCCUCCCCAAAGAGACCCAGCACAGCAACUGGUGGUCCCAUGCGCAGUCCGAGGCCCUACCGCUCUGAGGGGGCAUACAAGUCAGAGUCUAAAUACAUAGAGAAGACAUCACCUACCGGUGAGACCAUCAUGACCAUUACGCCAGCUGCCGCUAUACUGAGAGCAGAAGCAGAGAAGAUACGUCAAUACAGUGAACACAGACACUCCUACCCUGAUGCCCAAAUUGAGGAGCUUGAGGGACCAGAGAAUCGCAAAGCAUCCAUCCUGGAGCCUCUGACACGGCCUCGGCCCAGAGACUUGGCUUAUUCUCAACUGUCUCCCCAGUACCAUAACCUCAGCUACUCCUCUAGCCCUGAAUAUUAUUGCAAGCCAACACACAGCAUCUGGGAGCGCUUCAAGCUCCAUCGCAAACGUCACAAAGAUGAGGAAUACAUGGCAGCAGGCCAUGCUCUGCGCAAAAAAGUGCAGUUUGCUAAGGACGAGGACCUGCAUGACAUUCUAGAUUACUGGAAAGGUGUGUCAGCCCAACAUAAAUCUUAAUCACCUCAAGUGUUUCUUCAUGUGUUUUUUGUUGGACCAUUUAAAGAGAAUGAGUUUUGAAUUGCAUUUUAAUGGAGGACAAAGCCUACUUUGACUAAUGGAGAAUGGGGAAAAUUGGGGAUACACUCUUAGUUUUGUAAAUUUACAAAUGGACAUAUUCAAGAAGAGAACACAGUGCAAAUUAAAAAAAAAAUAUAUAUAUAUGUUCAAGUGAAUUACACGUAUUUGGUUCCGCAUGGCCAUGUCCUGUGACAAUGGAUUUUCUACUUUGUACAGUGAGAAAAAAAGCAUCAUACAAUGACUUCGGAAAACAUAUUUCUUCUCACUGUACAUUGAUAAAUGAACAGCUCUCCCUAUAUGUUGAGUUAUAAAUACAAGGGAACUAAUGUACAAUAUAGUGUUUCAAUACUUGCAAAGAAUGGUGGUUAUAAGAAAAAAUAUAGGACAUGUUUGAUUCAGGUUUAGAUUAUGGAUUUUAGAAUCAGAUCCUAACAUUUGUCUAUAAUGAAUGUUUGGAGAUCAGAUGGAUAAACAUUGCACUUGUCACUGGAAUUGUGUACGUCCAUUCAAACCACCAUUUACUCUAGUCUACUGUCAUUUUUCAUUAAUGUCACAAAACAAAAUGCACAAUAUGACAAUGCUACUCACAAAUAAAUUUGUACAGCAGACCAGUGAGAGGCAUAUAUGAAACUUUCUUCAAAAUUGGGACUAAAUACACAUAUAAACAUAAAUGAAAACCCAUUUCAGUCAGAUCCAUUAUUGUACAUUGGAGAUAUACUUUCAUUUUAGACACUUUUGUUUAAAUUUGUACAAUGCUUGCUGUGGUAAGGAUUUACAGUAUCUGAUAGUCAGCUUAAGUGCUUGGAUGAUAGCUCAUAAACUCAUAUCAUGCAUUUGUCUCCUUUAUUCUUCAGCCCUGAGGAUGAAUGUAUUACAUACAGUAUGUGAUAGAAAACGCAGCUCUUUUUCAGCUGCAUGUUUUGUUAUUCAUACUUCUUUUCUUAGCAGUUUGCUUUCAACAGUACCAAACCAACUAGAAACAAAAGACAUUUACAAACCUGUGAUGUUAGUUGUUUUCUACUGUUUGACAAACAAAAUGAUUUUGUAAAUGCUGAAAAUCAAUUAAUGGACAGGAGCUGUAGCUUUGGCACUGAUCAGGAACGUGAGAUGUGCAAGAACAGAGACACUGAUUUACGCCGCUGUUGACCUGUUGCCACUGGAUUACAUCACCAGAACAGUGUUACAGGAAGUGACUGAGGCAUUCAAUUUCUUAUUUCAAUCGCCUUAAACUUCGGAAAUAUAUGUGUAACUGCUUUAUUUCUUUCUCUUUAAAUGUGCUGAUGUUUUUCAAAGGUCUUUAUUUCUUGUCUUUUUUUAAAGAGCAUUUCAAUAGAUUUCAAGAACUGACCAAUUUAUAGGCAAUCUAGCAAGUAAUCUAUGUGUUUUUAUAUUGCAUACUGUAGCAAUCCUAUAUCAUAAAUGUUAGAAAUGUUUGGACAAUGUGAACUGAAGCAGCUGUUGCUGACAUACAUCAAGAGACAACCAAGAGCACAAUAAAGUGUUAUUUUUAUUUCUAAUUACCAUGUUAUAUGAUUUCAGUCUACUGUGAAGUUAAGGGGAAAUCCAUGCAUUUAAGACCUUACUGAUCAUUUCUUUUUGCUGUCCAAUGCUAUACUUUUUUAAACAGUAUGAACUGUGAUGAUUGUGAACUAAAUGAUCUAAACGAGAAAAAAAAAAAAAAAAAAAACUAAAUGAGCUUUGUGUUUUUGCUGCUCUUUUUCGACUACAUUAAAAUGAACUCAUUCAGUUUGAAUAGACUCAAAAUAAGUGACAUAUAGAUACAUUCAUGCUGCCAGUUGAAGAUGUUCCAAUUUGGACACAUGAUCAGUUAUAAAUUGAAGAAUGAGUUUCAGUGAUGUUGCAUGUAAUUUUGUGAUGCGUCAUGAUGCUGAGAGCAUGCCACUGCCAACAAGAUUUCUUGUUCCAGUAACCACUCCAGACACUGUGAACGCUAUGUGAGUCAUGCUACAAACCUCAUAUUUGAAACAACUCUUAUUUUUUGCAUUGACAGUUUGAUGUUGGACACUAUGAAGAUAUGCCUUUAAUAAUGCACAGUAUGAAUUCUAUUAAUACCACUGA